GUCAGCCAGUAUCCCUGGAAGCUCAAAUGUGGCUGCUGGCAGUAAUCGUCGUCUUCAGCAGACUCAACACCAAGUAGAUGAGGUUGUUGACAUCAUGAGGGUGAAUGUGGACAAGGUAUUGGAGCGAGAUCAGAAGCUGUCAGAGCUGGAUGACCGUGCUGAUGCACUGCAAGCAGGAGCUUCCCAGUUUGAGACCAGCGCAGCCAAGCUGAAAAGAAAGUAUUGGUGGAAGAACUGUAAGAUGUGGGCAAUAUUGAUAGCUGUUGUUCUCAUUCUCAUCAUCAUCAUUAUUGGUAAGUUUCACCAAAAUGGCGAUUUCUCCUUUUG